AUGAACUGGGAACCAUUGUUCCAAAGGCACUCUACGCUGAGGAUGUGGUGGCUUAAUUCCCAGAGAGAUUCAUGGGUACCGGUAGAUGUUGUCGAGGCUUAUGUUGCAUCACCCUUGUGA